AUGGCCUCCGCCGUCCACUCGGGCAAAGUGCGCUACCUCGGCCUUUCGGAAUGCUCCUCCACCACCCUCCGCCGCGCCAUGACCAUCCACCCCAUCCACGCCGUCCAAAUCGAAUACUCCCCCUUCACCCUCGACAUCGAAAACGCCUCCGGCACAAACCUGCUCGCCACGUGUCGCGAGCUGGGCGUAGCGACCGUAGCCUACAGCCCGCUCGGCCGGGGGGUGCUUACAGGCCAGUACAAAAGCGCCGAGGACUUCGGGCCGGGCGAUUGGAGGCGUAACAUGCCUCGAUUCUCGGCGGAGAAUUUCCCCAAGAAUCUCGAGCUCGUUGACAAGCUUUCCGCCAUCGCGAAGAUGAAAGGUUGUACGACGGGGCAAUUAACGCUGGCGUGGUUGAUGGAGCAGGGGCCGGAUGUGAUUCCGAUUCCGGGGACGAAGAAGGCGAAGUAUCUUGAGGAGAAUUUGGGGAGUUUGCGGGUGGUGUUGAGUGAGGGGGAGGGUGGAAUUCAGCAACUCAGCCCUGUUAUGCUUGGCAUGAACUAUAAGUAG